AAGGGCAGAGCUGGGGUCUGGGGGAGUCAGAGAGCAGAGAGCCCAGGAGUUCUCAGGCUGGUACUGGCUGUGCACGGGGAAGAUGAAGACCUCAAUAGCUGCCCUCUCCUGCCUCAUCCUUGCUGCCCAGGCUGCAGUUGAACACCUGAUGCCGAACCUGAAGGAUGAACACUCAAUAGCUCAAGGAGGCUUUCACCGUCCCACUGACUGCUGCAUGUCUUACACCUCACGAAAUAUCCGAUGUGUAUUCAUGAAAGAUUAUGUAGAAACGACCAGUGCGUGUUCCUGGCCUGCUGUCAUCUUCAUCACCAAGAGGGAGCAGCAUGUCUGUGCUAACCCCAAAGAUGAGCGAGUUCAGAAAUGCAUGUUGGACCUGAAGCUAAGAUCAGCAAUCAAGGACCUGAGAACGCUAUUUCUUGAGAAGGGAAACUUGGAGUCGGCCCCCUCACCCCCAUCUCUCUUUCCCCGACUACCUCCUAGGUGGGCCCUGGCCUGAAUUAUUUUUUAAAAAGCAACAAUUACUGUUCUGUUCUGUUCUGGUUACAAAAGCAGUGCAUUAAUAAAGAGUAUCCAAUUUAACUUUA